AUGUCGUUAUGGGACUUCAUCGUUGUUGGCGGUGGCCUUGCCGGCUCCGUCAUUUCGAACCGUCUCCUUCACAAGGAUCCUACUCUGCGGAUUCUGUUGGUCGAGGCCGGCCCCAAUGUCAAUGGUCUCGAGGCCAUCGCCUAUCCCAACACCAGUACUGGGGCCGGAAGUGACCUCGAUUGGGGUUAUGCUUCCGUUCCGCAGGUCAAUGUGGACAACCGGUCGAUUGCCUCUCCGGCUGGAAAGGCUCUUGGCGGUGGAACAGCCAUCAAUGGAGCGGCCUGGGUUCGUGGCCAUACAGUAGACUAUGAUCUCUGGGCCGAAGAAGUUGGCGACAACAGGUGGAGCUACGAGAAUCAGCUUCCCUACAUGAGGUUGACGGAGAAGUUCUUCAACGCCAGCAUCAACCCUUCUCAGCACGGUUCCAACGGCUCCAUGGUCAUCCAGGGCGUUACUCCCAUGAACCGUCAGUUCCCUAUGCGCGAAAAGCUGGCUGAGUCCUACGAAGCCCUCGGUGUCUCUGCUUUGCCGCAACUUGAUGCCAAUGCGGGAAACCCCAUCGGUUACGGUGACCUGCAAGAGAACCGAGCGGAGGGCCGCAGACAACUUUCAUCAGAGGCCUUCCCUCUGGAUGGGGUCACCGUUCUGACGAACACCAUGGUUGAGCAAAUUCUCGUCGAAAAGCGCCUGAAUAGCAGCUCCGUUGUUGCAAAGGGCAUCCGCCUGCAGAACGGGACAGAGUACUUCGGGCGCAAGACGAUCCUCACUGCCGGUGCCUACCGCACUCCUCAGCUGUUGAUGUUGUCCGGCGUCGGCCCCGCCGAGACGCUCAAGAAGCACGGCAUCGAGGUGAAGCUUGACCAACCUGACGUUGGCCAGAACCUCCAUGAUCACAUCCUGAUGCCCACUGCCUGGAAGGUCAAGAACGUCUCCGAGGGCUGGGCUUAUGAGUCGGAAAACCCCCUUUUCAAGGAGCCUCAGUACGGUCUGGGCAACAAGAUUGAUUUCCUCGCCACAACCACCCUGCCUAAGGAAGGUCUCGCCGCUGCCAUCGCGGAAGACGAGGGCAUCGAGCCAGGCCCAGAUCAUCCCCUGCUCCGCCAGGACCGGGCACAUGUCUCUCACUCCCUGCAGUACAACGGCGCUUCGACAGACGGCUCCGCUAUCCUCAUGCUGUCCAUUGUGCUCAUCGAUACUUCGCGGGGUUCCGUGGGCAUCUCGUCAGCGAACAUCAGCGACUACCCUGUGAUCGACCCCAACUACCUCAGCACGGCGGUCGACAGAUACGCGGUGCGCGAAGCUCUCAAGUUUGACACCAGGCUCCUCGGAAGCGAUCUCACGCCAGUUGGCCGUGAUAUCCUCGAUGGCGAGCUGGCAGCUGACGCGCCACUUACGGUGGACUCUUCUGACGAGGCGUUCGCUGCCCGAGCUCGACAAAUGGCAGGCUCUUGCUUCCACCCGUGCGGGACUGCCGCUAUGGGCAAAGUAGUCAACACUGACCUCAGUGUCAAGGACGUCGACAAUCUCUUCGUUGCGGAUUCAUCCAUCUUCCCGAGUUCUAUUUCCGCCAACUUACAGGUUGCCAUGUACGCUUUGGCGCUCCAGGCAGCUGAUAUCAUCGGGGGUCACGAGAGCGAACGUUGA